CGCCUCCACGCGCAGCGUAUUGGACACGGAUAUAACGGUGCGCUCGAUAGCGCUGUUUAUCGCAAGUGUUUGGCCGCUAGUAUUCAUUUCGAGACGUGUCCGCACUCCAGCUAUUAUACGGGUGGUGUCGACCCCUCUAUAAGACACCCAAUCCUAAUGUUGGCCGAGGAAAACGUCAACUUCUCUAUUAAUAAAGACGAUCCGACGGUUUUUGAUUGCACUUUGGAUUCAGAAUAUGAAUUCUUGACUCGAUUGGGAUUAAAUGAACUCCAUUUCAUUCGAGCCUUGCCACAAAUGGAUGAGGAAAACCAAUUGGACAUACCACAAGAGCCCACUUUUCUGGCCUUUUAUCGAUCGUUGGGUUCGUGUCCGCCGAAGACAUACCGACUCUUCGAUAGAGGAGAUUAUUACACACUUCACGGCCCGAACGCCGAGUCCAUCGCCAAGUGCUUCCUCUGCACCACAUCUGCCAUCCGAUACAUCGGAACCGAUGGCCAUAAGAUCGCGUCCAUCGCUAUAUCUCAGGCCAGAUAUGAGUCGCUAUUGAGAUAUAUUUUGAUUGAAAGCAAAGAACGCAUUGAAAUAUACAAGAAGUCAAUCAAAAAGAAGGCAUCAAAUGACUGGCAAUUGGAUCUUAAGGCUAGUCCUGGAUGUCUGGGCCCUCUCGAAGACAUUAUCUAUUCGACCAACACUUCGAUCGACAGUCGAGGCGUUUGUGGCAUUCAAUGGUCUAAUGAUUUCAAGAUCGGAAUCGCUUUCAUCGAUGCGAUUAUCAAUGAGAUCUCUUUCUGCGAGUUUGAAGACAACGAGUAUUUGUCUCAUUUGGAGAGCCUUUUGGUGCAAAUUAGUCCCAAAGAGUGUCUCAUUUGUGUUCACGACAAACAAGAGUCGACGGCCAAGAAGUUGACCACAAUUUUAGAUAAUAACAGAAUUCUGGUCACAGAAGUGAAGAAGAGUUCGUUGAGCGCAUCGAAUCUGGAAUCAGAUUUAGACAAACUCUUGAAUAAAAGUGAUAACAAAGAAAUCACUAUCAAUGCGAUGUUAGAGCAGAAGUGGCUCUCAAAAGAAGCGAUCGCUGGAGUCUUGGAUUAUCUCAAUCUUUUAGGCGAUGACUCUAAUUAUGAAAGUUUUCAAUUCAAUGAAAUUAAUUUAAGACAAUUUGUCAAAUUGGACGCAACGGCUGUCCAUUCAUUGGAUUUGUUUCCCAACGCUGUCAACGAUUCCAUGUCUAAUAAGACCAAUAGAACCUUAUUUCAAGUGCUCAACAAUUGCCGCACACUUUCAGGCCAGAGAUUAUUGGCUCAACUCAUUCGACAGCCUUUGACUGAUAUCAACAAAAUCGAGGAGAGACUCGAUAUCAUUGAAUAUUUUGUUAAAAAUUACGACAUUCGUCAAGACUUGAGCGAAAUAUACCUGAAGAAAGUGCCCGAUUUGUCCCGCAUUUACAAGAAACUGCACUCCAAAAGGGCUACACUUCAAGACUGUUAUCGCAUUUAUUUAAUGACUAAAAUAUUACCCAAUUUUGAGAAUUGUUUGAUUCGAGACGAGAGCGACGAAUGUCUGGCAAUGAAGCAAAACUUUUCAGAUAAACUGCGAGUCAUUUGCUCUGAACUGUCGAAGUUGUCGAAAGCAUUGGAGGGUGUCAUCGAUGAGGAGCGCAUUGAAUCCAACGGCGAGUUUUGGAUUAAAGCCGAUUACGACGACGACCUCAAAGAGCUUCGCAAACGACUCGAUCGCUUCGAAGAGGAAGCAAAUGCUGUUUAUAAGGCUGUCGAUAGAGAGAUCACUAAAGAGCAGAAAGAGGACAAAUCUGUG